AUGUCCGACAGCGAAUCGGAAACAAAGGCGGCUCAACUCGAGCCGGAGCUGCGCGACAUGAAGCUCGAGGCAGGUGCGGCCCCUGGGCAACCAGGCGAGGGCGGCAACCCAGUACAAGUAAAGGCGGAAGACCUAGACAACCAUGACCUCGACCGCGCCUCUACACCCUCAGUAUUACACCAGCUCAAGGCUCGCUCAAAGUCGCAAUCACCCUUCGUAAAGGGACAAAAGUCGGAGGCUGCGUCGCCAGCCAGCGCUGAAGAGGAGGUUGUUGGAGGAGAAGUCGUACUCAAAAUGUCGCCUGGAGGCAAGGCGGCCAAGCUCUCGCGAAUCGCGUCUCAUACCCUAGUAAAACGCUCGACGCCACUCUUCCUCGAUUAUCCAGAUGCCAUCGAAUCGGCAAAAGAGACAUUUGAGAUUCUCCCGGAAUGUACAUACUCUAGCAAGAAUAUCGGGUCCACCGACCCUGCUCUAGAGUGUGAUUGUUCUGAGGAAUGGGAUCCCUCUACCAAGACCAACGCUGCUUGCGGUGAAGAUUCCGACUGCAUCAACAGACAUACAAAGAUGGAAUGCAUCAACAACUGCAGUUGCGGCAGGAAGUGCCAGAACCAACGCUUCCAGCGCAAACAGUAUGCCGACGUUACCGUCAUCAAGACCGAGAAGAAAGGAUUUGGUCUCCGUGCUAAUAGGAAUAUGAUGCCUGGGGAGUUCAUUUUCGAGUACAUUGGAGAAGUUAUCAAUGAAUCGCAAUUUAGAAAACGAAUGCUGGCUUACGACAAGGAAGGCAUCAAGCAUUUCUAUUUUAUGUCGCUCAGUAAGGGAGAGUUUGUAGAUGCCACCAAAAGAGGUAACCUUGGAAGAUUCUGCAAUCACUCUUGCAAUCCAAAUUGUUUUGUAGACAAAUGGGUUAUUGGAGACAAGCUUCGAAUGGGAAUAUUUGCAGAGCAGCAGAUCAAAGCGGGUGAAGAGCUCGUUUUCAACUACAACGUCGAUCGGUAUGGGGCAGACCCCCAACCCUGCUACUGUGGAGAGCCAAAUUGCUCUGGGUUUAUCGGCGGAAAGACGCAGUCUGACAACGCCACAAAUCUUUCACAUGCCACAAUCGAGGCGCUCGGCAUUGACGAUGGCGACGGCUGGGAUACAACUGUGGCGAAGAAGCCUCGCAAGAAGAAAGCGAGUGAGGACGACGAAGAAUACGUCAGCAACUUGCAACCCCGCUCGCUCGAGGAUGACGGAGUACCGAAGGUCAUGGCAGCUCUACGGCAGUGUACGGAGAAAUGGAUUGCAGUGAAGCUACUUGGGCGUAUACAGCAGACUGAGAACGAGAAGGUCGGGCAUCGUAUGAUCCGUAUGCACGGUUACGAGACUUUCAAGAAAACCAUAACAACCUGGAUAGACGACUUCAAUGUCGUUCUGCAGGUUCUCGACAUUCUUCACAGGCUCCCGCGAAUUACUCGGAACAAGAUUCAGGACUCGAAGAUCGAAGAAGCGGUAGAGAAACUCAAGAGUUGUGGAGAUGAACGAGUAGAAGAGUCUGCUGCGAGUCUCCUGGGUGCUUGGAGUAAGCUCGAAGUUGCCUACAGGAUACCUCGCAUGAAACGAGACCCUAACGCCAGCACACCUCUCCGCACCGAGAACCAUUUUGAACGGCGUGAGCGAGGUCGCGAGCGAUCAAGAUCUCGUUCGAAGUCGCCUUCGAUUAGUGCGCCGAAAGGUCCGUCUGUAUCGAACGUGCCAUCAGGUCCUCGCGGUCUGAAUGCACCCAGAGGACCAGGGGGCUUCUUCAACCCUCCACGUCCACCGCCCCGGCCUCGAACGUUUAAUGCUCUUCCUCCUGGAUGGUUUCAGGCCACUUCGGACAACGGUUCAACCUACUAUUAUAACGCGACAGGUACAACGCAAUGGCAACGACCUAGUCAGGCUGCAAAUCAACCGCCACCACCACCACCCAAGGCGAAAACAGAUACUCAACUGCUCCAGGACAUCAUUUCCAGCAUUACAUCUAAUGUGACGCCCACUGCACCCUCUGCAUCUACCACUCCGCAACCUACUGCCGAUGAAGAGAAAGGAAAGAAAUCGAAGAGUGAAAAGUGGCGAAGUCUGCCCCAAGAGAAACAGGAGAAGCUUUAUGAAGCUACUCUCUCCCCACACAUCAUGGCAGUGACGUCUCACUAUCGCAAGAAGUUUGAAAAGGAUGACCUCAAGAAACUGUCCAAAGAGGUAGCCAAAAAGCUCGUUCGCGGCGACUAUAAAUCCGGGCGCGUCAAGGACCCCACAGCCAAGCUCUCCUCUAAACACGAAAAAACCAUCAAAGCCUUCGUCAAGGAUUUCAUGUCCAAAGCCGCCAAGAAGAAAGACGAACGCCAGGACCAAAAGGCCGCGCGCGCAGACGCACGCCUACUCGCAGCAGACGAUCGAACAAAGUCACCUGACACACCACAACUCAACGCCUCGACUAUUGAAGAAACAGACUGGGCCGAUGCCGACGCUGACGACGACAUGCUGGACGUCAAGCACGAGGUCGCGCUGUCGGCCUCCCCCGCAGACUCGACUGAACUCAAGCGCAAGCGAGAACACGACGACGUCCGCGACGAGCAGAAACGCACCCGCACAGACGAGAUGCAGACUCCACCUGCACCGCCUCCUCCGCCGCCCCCACCGCCCCCGCCGGCGGCUGACAUGCCCGUCGAGGAUACCGAGGAGCGCGGCUUCACGCCCAUGGACGACGACGCGGAUAGCACGCCAAGCGUCAACGGCAAGGCGGCGCUACAUGCUGUUGCCCAUACCAACGGUCAUGGGUAUGCGAGUCCUAUGCAGCUCGCUACCCCGCCGACGAAUGUAUCGGGAGGUAUGGGUGUGAAUGGUAACGGUCAUGUCAAUGGUGGUGCGUCGUGA